AUGCUAUUAAGCUUCGUGGUCAAUAUAGCAGGCCACGUUAAGAAUUUCGGCCACGGAGAGAAGGUAGGCUCUUCGUAUACGAUUGAUCACAUGCCGUCUACCAUUGUCUUGUGGUUUCAGCAUAAUGGAAUUGAUUCACAGCAAGCAAUGCCGAGUACCGAUCUGACAGAGUUCAGCUAG